CUAAGCCAUGUAAAUCACUGCUUAUAUGUCUAAUAUGUUAUUGAAGUGUUUCCACGAACCAUAAGCGAGAUUGGUUUAUCCGAUGGGAGACCGUAAAGAAACUGACCACCCCGAAAAGCAAGAGGAUGGCGCCGUCGACAGUAAAGAUGGCCUGGAUCCGGCUGAGCUUGAGAUCUUACGUCAAGCUGAGCUUGCUUUUGAGGCUUCAAAGGGGCGAAAUAUAGAUAUGCGCAACAAUGCUGAGUAUAUGGAGCGUAUGCGUAUCGAGGCCCGUAGGCAGUACCUCGUUAACCGAGAGGUUGACCGCCUAGAACUUGCUGAACGUGCUCUUGGCGAGAAGGAAAUUUUAUACAAGGGUGUGAAGGACGAUGUCGCUCACAAGACCUUGGAAUUUGAAAAAAACACUGUGGAAUUUGCCAAGACUACAAUGGCUUCUCGCACUGCUGAUAUCAGCACUUACGUCAUGCCAGACUCGUAUGACGAGGACACAAAUCAGCGCCUUGAAGUGCUUAAGCGUCGUCAAGUGUACAAACAGUCUGAACCUGUCUUGGACGAUGGUCAAACCUGGGAAACUCAGCAGAUGAAGCUUGGUGGAUCAGCCACCGCCAAUCGCAGUGCCGUGGAUCUUGGUAGUCAUGGCUUAGCUCCUAUGCAAGUCCCCGGAAAUAUUCCAGGCCUUAUUGGUAUUGAUGGAACUAUAGAAUUCGUUGGUAGUGACUAUCAAUCUGGUGAGAUGCCUCCGGAGUUUGACACUAAAGCCAUUGGUGUUAACCCCGUGGCAGCUGUAUUUGAAACUGGCUCUGACUCAAGUGACUACGAGGAUUCAGAAUCCGACGAUGAGUUGUCCGACUCAACAGCGUCCACUAGGAAGCGUAAAACAUUUGCCGAUCGCAUUUUAGCUAAACAGCGAAGGAAGCAGCGUAAGGAACAUCGCAAGCUGCUUGAGGAGCGUUGCCGUCUCCCAAUAUACGGUUAUCGUCAUGAGCUGCUCGCAGCCGUUCGCAACCAUCCCAUAUUAGUAGUGGUUGGUGAAACUGGUAGUGGUAAGACAACGCAGAUACCACAAUAUUUGUAUGAGGUCGGUUAUGGAAAGGCUGGCAAGAUUGGUUGUACACAACCGAGGCGGGUGGCAGCAAUGUCUGUUGCAACUAGGGUAGCUCAGGAGGUAGGCACUAAACUUGGUCAAGAAGUGGGCUACAGUAUCCGUUUUGAGGAUUGUACGAGCAACCAGACUGUGGUCAAGUACAUGACUGAUGGUAUGCUAUUACGUGAAAUGAUGACUGAACCUGAUUUAUCGAGUUAUUCGGUAAUGAUGAUCGACGAGGCUCAUGAGCGCACGGUACAUACCGACAUUAUAUUCGGCCUGGUCAAGGAUCUAUGUCGCUAUCGUGAUGAUUUCAGGUUAAUAGUUGCAUCUGCUACCUUGGAGGCUGAGAAGUUUGCUCUAUAUUUUGACCAUGCUCCCAUAUUCCGCAUUCCGGGGCGUAGAUUUCCAGUGCAGAUAUACUAUACUAAGGCACCUGAAGCUAACUUCUUGGACGCGUCUGUUAUAACCGUAUUGCAGAUACAUAUAACCCAACCUUUGGGUGAUAUUUUAGUAUUUCUACCAGGACAACAGGAGAUUGAGGAGGUCCAGGAAGAACUUCAGAAUCGUCUUCGUAACCGUGGUAAGGACAUGCGUGAGCUUAUUGUCCUUCCGGUAUAUGCAACAUUGCCAAGUGAUAUGCAGGCAAAGAUAUUUGAACCUACCCCUCCCAAUGCUCGCAAGGCCAUUUUGGCCACGAACAUUGCCGAGACAUCCAUCACGCUUAACGAGAUUGUCUAUGUUAUUGACUGUGGUUUUUGCAAGAUGAAUAGCUACAGUCCCAAGACAGGUAUGGAAUCUUUGGUUACUGUACCUUGUUCCAAGGCAUCUGCUAAUCAACGCACUGGUAGAGCUGGUCGUGUUCGUCCCGGCCACUGCUUCAGGCUCUAUACAAAGUUCUCUUAUGAAAAAGAGAUGGACGAUGUGAACGACCCUGAGAUACAGAGGUCUAAUUUGGCACAUGUGGUCCUUAGCCUCAAAGCGCUUGGCAUUGACGAUUUGAUAAACUUUGAUUUCAUGGAUCCGCCAGCUCCAGAAACCCUGAUAAAGGCUUUGGAGUUGAUCUACGCACUAGGUGCGCUGAACGACAAAGGCGAGCUUACACGCACUGGCCGUCGUAUGGCUGAACUCCCUAUGGAUCCUACAUACAGCAAGAUGCUCCUGGCGUCGGAGAAGUACAAGUGUUCUAACGAAAUUAUAACUAUAUGUGCAAUGCUCGGUGUAGGGAAUAACAUUUUCUACCGCCCCAAGGACAAGCAGUUGCACGCAGAUAAUGCUCAUAAAAACUUCUUUAGAGUUGGGGGUGACCACCUGGUACUGAUGAAUGUAUACAACCAAUGGGAGGAUACGGAUUUUAGUGUAGCUUGGUGUUACGAGAAUUUUGUGCAGCACAAGUCGUUGAGGCGUGCUCGUGAUAUCCGUGAGCAGUUAGUGGAGCUAAUGAAACGUGUAGAGGUUGAAGUCAUUUCCAAUUGCAAUGACACUGACGCAAUAUUGAUGGCCGUUACCGCCGGACUUUUUACUCAAGCUGCAGUUAGAAGCGGGCCUAAGAACAAUGCGUCAUACCGCACUCUAAAGAAUCCGCAGAACGUCGAUAUCCAUCCCCAAUCGUCUUUAUUUGACCAGGAUGCUCAAUGCGUAGUUUACACUGACCUUGUAAUGACUACAAGGCAAUAUAUGCGAAUAGUCGCCCAAAUCAGGCCGGAAUGGCUAUCACAAUUAGCUCCGCACUAUUAUUCCAGUGAUCACCCUGCGAUCCAGGGUACUAAGAAAAUGCCGAAAAUGAAGUCUUAGACCUAAUGGUCAUAACAUGGUAAAAUAGCUAAGUGAAGUAUUAUGACUAUACUCUGUG